UUGAUCCCCGCACUCUGCAGCCUCCCGAUCAGACGAAUUUCUCCUAAUCGGAUGAAGUUCACUCUAGGCCUGGGGUCGCGGGCGUGGAGAGUGUCCUGGGAGCGCCCGGGGGAGGGCGGCUGCGCGCUCCGCGGCGGCGCACGGCGCAUUUCCAGCCCGCGGCCCGUCCGCCGCGGCUCACGACUCGCGCGCGCCCUCCCUCUAUGCCUCUCCCGCGGCGGCGGCGCCCGAGCUCUCCCGGACUGCGCCGGGCCCAGCCCCGGCCGCCUCGGCGCCAGACAGCUGGCUGGCCCGCGCGCUAUGGAGCAGACGUACGGCGAGGUGAACCAGCUGGGCGGCGUGUUCGUCAACGGCCGCCCCCUGCCCAACGCCAUCCGCUUGCGCAUCGUGGAGCUGGCGCAGCUGGGCAUCCGACCCUGUGACAUCAGCCGGCAGCUUCGCGUAUCCCACGGCUGCGUGAGCAAGAUCCUGGCGCGCUACAACGAGACAGGGUCCAUCCUGCCCGGGGCCAUCGGGGGCAGCAAACCUCGUGUCACUACCCCCAACGUGGUCAAGCACAUCCGGGACUACAAGCAGGGCGACCCUGGCAUCUUUGCCUGGGAGAUCCGCGACCGGCUGCUGGCCGACGGCGUUUGCGACAAAUACAACGUGCCCUCUGUGAGCUCCAUCAGCCGAAUCCUGCGCAAUAAGAUUGGCAGCCUGGGUCAGCCGGGGCCUUACGAGGCGAGCAAGCAGCCGCCGCCGCAGCCGGCCCUGCCCUACAACCACAUCUACCAAUACCCCUACCCCAGCCCUGUGUCGCCCACGGGCGCCAAGAUGGGCAGCCACCACGGGGUCCCGGGCACAGCAAGCCACGUCAGCAUUCCCCGUUCGUGGCCCUCGGCGCACUCGGUCAGCAAUAUCCUGGGCAUCCGAACAUUUAUGGAGCAAACAGGGGCCCUGGCUGGGAGCGAAGGUGCCGCCUACUCCCCCAAGAUGGAAGACUGGGCCGGCGUGAACCGCACGGCCUUCCCGGCCACCCCUGGAGUGAAUGGUCUCGAGAAACCUGCCUUGGACGCAGACAUUAAAUACACUCAGUCCGCCUCUGGCCUCUCUGCGGUAGGCGGUUUCCUCCCGGCCUGCGCCUACCCUGCCUCCAACCAGCACGGCGUGUACAGCGCACCGGCCGGCGGCUACCUCGCCCCCGGCCCGCCUUGGUCGCCCGCGCAGGGCCCCCCGCUGGCGCCCCCCGGGGCCGGCGUCACUGUGCACGGCGGGGAGCUGGCCGCAGCGAUGACCUUCAAGCAUCCCAGCCGGGAAGUGGCCGAUCGGAAGCCUCCCAGCCCCGGCGGCAAGGCCCCAGACGGCCUGAGUGGCUUACACGGACUGCCCAUCCCGGCCUCGACCUCCUAGGGGCAGCGCUUCCCUGAGCCCGGAGAAAGCAGCAGACCCGCGGGCGGACCGGGGCGCGCAGCUCGGCCUUGCAGUCCCGGCGACGCGCGCAGGACCCUGGACACACCGAGGAGGUGCCAGGAGCCGGCCUGCUGGGGGCCCGCCCCAUUGGCCCCCAGAUCUCGCCCUGCCCAUCGGCCCGGCGGCUACAUUUCCUUUGCCGCCCAGGAGUUUUAGGCUUUUCUGAACUUUGGCUUUAGACUGUGGCACCCUCUUCCGGAUCUUUGCGCCUACGUGGCCUCCCUCCCCGGCCAGCCUCAAGUGUCCUUUCAUACCUCUCCUGAGGUUGUUCGGCACCCCUCCCCCUCCCUCUUCCCUUCCCUCCUCCCGCUUCCCUUCCCCUCUCCCCCUGGAAUCAGUUCCGUCCCUUAGGUCUUUGUUUCCUCUCUCCCUUUGUUUCCCCUCUCCUUCCUACCCAGUCUUCUUUCCUUCCUCACGUUUCCCUGCCUCCCUUUUGCCCUUUUAGUUUUUUCUCCCCUCUGUUUUCCCUGCUUCCCUCUCUCCAUCCGUUUCUGCACCACUGUGCCCUCUUUCCUGUGCUCCUCUCCCCCUUGUCUCCUCAGCGUCUUUUACGGUGACUCUAUUUCUUUUCAUUUCUUUUCAUUCCUGACCUACACCCCCUCGCAGGUGAGCCCCAGACUGGACUCCUCGACAGUCCUCCUGGGCAGCUGGGACUUCUUAGUCUCCACCUCUUGGAGCGACCCCAGCGCAAAGGGAAGGGUCCGGAACUUAGGAAAUGGACAGAGAGGCCAUAGCCUUUAUUUUAUAUUUUAAUAUUAAUGAACCCAAGCAAAACCCGGAUGAACUGUCCUGUCCCCUCUCUCACCCCCAGGGUAUUGUCUGAUAAUCUGUAUUUUCUCUAUGCCUACUGGCUGAACUUCUCUUUGCUUUCCCUGAGAUGAUGUGUCCCCAAAGGAGAUUGGGGUACUAGUAGAGGCACUGGGGCCAUUGGCAUUUUCUCUAGUUAGAAAACUGCGUGCCCUGGAGGUUCCCGUUCCCACCCCUCCACACCUAACAGGAGGGAAUCUGACACAAUAUAAAUGCAUCAGCACCCUUUCUGUUUUCAGGGGUCAGCACAUUUGUUAAUUUAAACCACAGACUGCUUCCGGGUACAAAGGUGCAAUCUGGCUUCUGGUUUGCAAGGGGACGAGGGUCGGAAAACCCCAGAAAAUGUCUCGUAGAGCUGGACGCAAGAGCUGUUAGCUGCUUCCAGGUUCAGGCGCACUGGUGGCGGGACCCUGGACACAAAACUGCAAUUGUUGUAGUCCUUAAAAUGUCAUUGGUGACGGUGUGGCAUCACCUGUAAAACGUGGCUGCCUUUGAAUAAAAGAGAGCAUCUGAAGGCCGCUUUGUAAGGGUGAGCAAGUCUGUGUCCAGUCUGCAGUGCUGUGUAGUCAUCUGCUCUAGCCCCUCAAUUUCCAGCAUGAACACUAUGAAGAAUGAGUUAUUUUACUGGUUUAUUCAUUAACACAUCCUGGGUUGGGCCGGAGGUGGAGGAGAAGGUGAAGGAGGAGCUUUCUCAAGGAUUUGUCCCAGGAAUGUCCAGGCAGAGAGGCACUAUGCAGAAAUCAUGCUAAAAUGAAGCUAAUUCUUAGAGGAAUAAAAUGGGUAAAAGACAGCAACAAUGAGGACUUUUCCAGAACAUUUCUAACACUUUGAAAGUGAAAGAAAAUUAUCCCAGGCUACCAAACAAUCUAGGGAUUUCUAACUACACAGGGGUCUCUGGCUAAUUGUUUUGUUUUUCUUUCCUGUGUUUGGCUUUCUCAAAUGGAUGGAAGAGAUUUUUGAAUUGAAGGUUUUGCUUGUAAGUGGAGCUGCCUGUUUGGACUAACAGAGGGAGCCAGUGGGGAGAUUGUUUUCACUGCGUCUUAAUGCAAUCGUACCGCUGACGGUAUUAAUCACAAAAGAGUAUCUGCUAUUUUUCAUGCAGAAACUUUUGUUCCCAGGUUUUCAAAGGGUCUUGCCUUUAAAAAAAAAGUUCCAUUUUAUAGAUAAGAAUGCUGAGGACUAGUGAUUUGGUUUCUUUUCUCUGGACCAUACAGCGAACUGUAGCUUGGGGGCUUGGGGACAAAAACUAGGUGACACCAUCUCAUCAGAGGGCCAGGAUUGAGGCUUGAACUUUGAGCCUUGGGUCCUUAGCCUUCUGUGCCAGCAUUCCCUGCAGAGAAGCUG